CGUUCUCAAGUCCCUUGGUGCCUCUGUAGGACAAUUCACUCCCCACAAACGAAGGCAGAGAACGAACGGAAGAAAUGGCAGCAGAAGGAGUGAGCCUCAACCAUAUUUCCAGAGAGACCUCUGACCUUCCCCGCCUCGCCAAGUUCUACCAGGAGUUGUUUGGAUUCGAGGUGGUAGAAAACCCUCACUUCGGAGAUUUCAAGGUGGUUUGGCUGCGUCAUCCUUCGUCUUCUCUUUAUCUCCAUCUCAUUGAGAGGAACCCUUCCACCAAGCUCCCUGAAGGUCCCUGGAGUGCCGUAUCACCUAUUGCUGACCCUAAGGAUCUUCCUAGAGGCCACCAUAUCUGCUUCUCUGUCUCCAAUUUUGAUUCAUUUCUUCAUACUCUCAAGGACAAGGGCAUUGAAACCUUUCAGAAAUCCCUACCUAAUGGGAAGACAAAACAAGUCUUCUUUUUCGAUCCAGAUGGUAAUGGUUUGGAGGUUGCAAGUAAGGAAGACUCUUAAAGAGAUUGCCGUGGGUGAAUCAAUAUACCGUGGAGUUAUGUCAUAUGAAGAUACCAAACUUCAGUUACAAUAGAAGUUCCCCUGUAUGUAUGUUUCUGUGGUUACGUUGAUCCACCAUAGUCAGGGCUUGUAAAGAAGGAUAUGAGGAUAUGAGAAUACUGUGUGUAUUUAUAAGGGAAGUAUCAUGAUUUGAGGAGUUAGUAAAGAAGGAUAGGAUUGGAUUAUGGAAAAUGAAGUUCAUUACAAUUUUAAAUGUUGCACCUAAUCCAGCUACAAUAACAAAAUCUGAAUUUUCCCCCAA